AUGAGGCUAUGUAGAAUGAUCAGAGAUAGAUUGGCUACUGCAUACAGUCAUAAAAAAUCCUAUGCAGACAACAUAAAGAGAGCUCUAGAAUUUCAGAGAGUAGGAAAUGUUGCCUACGAGAUGAAGUUACUUCAAGAUUAUGCUUCUGUUCAUCCAAUGUUUCACGUUUCAAUGCUUAAGAAGUAUCUAGGUUAUCCAACAUCCAUCCUUCUUGUUGAGGGGUCCAGAGUUGAUGAGAACCUUUCUUAUGAAGAGGUUCCAAUCGAAAUUUCACAUCGUCAAGUGAAGCGACUGAGGAACAAGGAGGUUGCCACAGUGAAAGUCCUAUGGCAGAACCACCUUGUUUAG